AUGGAGAUCGAUCAUCCAGCCGGCCGCGCCGCCGAUGAGGACGAUGUUUCGCCGGUCGAGCAGGUCCGGCUGACGGUGCCGACGACCGAUGACCCGACGCUGCCGGUAUGGACGUUCCGGAUGUGGACGAUGGGCUUCAUCUCCUGCGCGCUUCUCUCCUUCGUCAACCAGUUCUUCGCAUACCGCAGCGAGCCCAUCGUCAUCAGCCAGAUCACCAUCCAGGUGGCGGCGCUGCCCAUAGGGCACUUGAUGGCACGGGUGCUGCCGGAGAAGAAGUUCAGACUGUUCGGCCGUGAGUGCUCACUGAACCCAGGGCCCUUCAACGUGAAGGAGCACGUGCUGAUCUCCAUCUUCGCCAACGCCGGCGCCGCCUUCGGCGGCGGCAACGCCUACGCGAUCGGCAUCAUCACCAUCAUCAAGGCGUUCUACAAGCGCAACAUCUCCUUCGUGACCAGCCUGCUCCUCAUCAUCACGACUCAGGUAUUGGGUUACGGAUGGGCAGGGCUGAUGAGAAAAUACGUGGUGGAACCAGCACACAUGUGGUGGCCGCAGAGUCUCGUGCAGGUUUCUCUCAUGAGGGCGAUGCACGAGAAAGAGAGGCGGCGGAUGACGCGCGGCAAGUUCUUCCUGAUCGCGCUCAUCUGCAGCUUCGCGUGGUACAUUGUCCCGGGGUACCUCUUCCCGACUCUGACGGCCAUCUCGUGGGUGUGCUGGGUGUACCCGAAAUCCAUCACCAUGCAGCAGAUCGGCUCCGGCCUGAACGGCCUCGGCGUUGGCGCCUUCACCCUCGACUGGUCCGUGGUCGCCUCCUUCCUGGGGAGCCCCCUCGUCUCACCCUUCUUCGCCACCGCCAACGUCUUCGUCGGCUACAUCGUGUUCGUCUACGGCAUGCUGCCCAUCUCCUACUGGGUGCUCAACCUCUACAACGCCAGCACCUUCCCCCUCUUCUCCAACGACCUCUACACCGGCUCCGGCCAGCUCUACAACAUCUCCGCCAUCGUCAACGACAAGUUCGAGAUCGACAUGGACGCCUACGCGCAGCAGGGCAAGAUCCACCUCAGCCUCUUCUUCGCCGUCAGCUAUGGCCUCGGCUUCGCCACCAUCGCCGCCACGCUGUCCCAUGUCAUCCUAUUCUAUGGAAAGGAAAUGUGCCAGAGGUACAAGGAGUCCUUCAAGGGCAAGCCGGACGUGCACACGAGGCUGAUGAGGAGGUACGAAGACAUACCCAACUGGUGGUUCUACCUCUUGCUCGCGGCGUCCAUGGCCGUGUCCUUGGUGCUCUGCACCGUGUUCAAGGAGGAGAUUCAGCUGCCGUGGUGGGGGCUCCUCUUGGCCUGCGUCAUGGCAUUCAUCUUCACGCUCCCCAUCAGUGUCAUCACCGCAACCACAAACACGACGCCAGGGUUGAACAUCAUCACGGAGUAUUGCUUGGGGCUGAUCAUGCCCGGGAAGCCGAUUGCCAACGUGUGCUUCAAGGUGUACGGCUACAUGAGCAUGAACCAGGCCGUCUCCUUCCUUACCGACUUCAAGCUUGGCCACUACAUGAAGAUUCCCCCAAGGUCCAUGUUCCUAGUGCAGUUCGUUGGGACAAUUGUGGCGUCGACAGUGAACACAGUGGUGGCAUGGUGGCUGCUGACGACGGUGCCGCACAUUUGCGAGAAGGACCAGCUGCCCGAGAGCAGCCCCUGGACUUGCCCGGGCGACCACGUCUUCUUCGACGCGUCCGUCAUCUGGGGCCUGGUUGGCCCGCGCCGCAUCUUCGGGCCACUUGGCUACUACAACGCGCUCAACUGGUUCUUCCUCGUCGGGCUUGCCGGGCCCGUCAUCGUCUGGCUCUUCGCCAGGGCGCUGCCGCGGCACGCCGGCUGGAUCAGCCUCAUCAACAUGCCCGUCAUCCUGGGGGCCACGGCUAUGAUGCCGCCGGCGUCGGCGCUCAACUACACAGCGUGGUGCUUCGUCGGCACAGUGUUCAACUUCUUCGUGUUCCGCUACCGCAAGGGGUGGUGGAAGCGGUACAACUACGUGCUGUCGGCGGCCAUGGACGGCGGCGUGGCCAUCAUGGGGGUGCUCAUCUACUUCGCGCUCAGCAGCGAGGGCAACCAGCUCGACUGGUGGGGUUCCAGGGGAGAGUACUGUGAUCUUGCCACCUGCCCCACCGCCAAGGGCGUGCUCGUGGACGGCUGCCCGGUCCUCUGA